AUGGGUGUUACAAGAAUCAAUCAAGAAUUUGGCAGCCCGGUGGCAGCACCACGCCUAUUCAAGGCUUUGAUCUUGGACUCCAACACCCUAUUACCAAAGCUCUUACCCCAAUCCAUCAGAAGUGUUGAUACAUUACAAGGAGAUGGAGGAGCAGGAACCAUUGAGCAAGUUAACUUCACCGAAUCAAGUCAUUUUAAGUUUGUGAAAAAUCGGAUAGACGAGCUAGACAAGGAUAAUUUUGUGUGCAAGUACACGAUGAUGGAGGGCGACGCAUUGGGUGACAAGCUUGAGUUUAUAGCUUAUGAAAUCAAGUUUGAGGAAGGCAGCAAUGGUGGGUGCAUUUGUAAGAUGGCUAGUGAAUACCAUACCAUUGGAAAUUUGGAGGUCAAAGAAGAUGAAAUCAAGGCUGGCAAAGACAGUGCCAUGGGCAUAUACAAAGUUGUUGAAGCAUACCUCUUGGAGAAUCCUCAUGUUUAUGCAUAA